AUGCAAGCUAUAUUGAACAUAGCUCUAGCCGUUAUGGCACUGAUUAUUGCAUUGUCAUCGGUGAACGCCGAUGAAAAAGUUUGCGCGUUGGAUAAGGGAAACAUUAAAAGUUGCGUUAAUGAAUUAUGCAGCGACGAUCAAGUGUGCUAUCGUGGAAUUGAGGGAGAACGAUAUUGUUGCGCUUUCCCCUACUCGUUCCAGCUAAAGAAUUAUUUGCCGACCCUUCCAUCAUCGUGGCCCAACUUCAAAUCCUGCAAGAAGAAUGCCGAAUGUGCGGCCGAUGAAUAUUGCGACGACGCCGAUAAUCCGUCGUUCAAAUUGGCCAAAUUUUCGUUUGCCAUUGGCUCGCUUGACAGAAGUGACAACAAGAAAUCGAGGCGAUUUUGCUACAAAGUUCCCAUCGCCGAAGGCGGAGCGAUCAACAUUCAACGCAGUAAAGAUUACGGACUCCAAUUGUGCGAGUUCGAUGCGGAUUGCGGCGAUAAGAAGACGUUCUGCUAUAAGCCGGGAACCACAUUUCCAACGCACAACGAUAAGGAGCUGAUUAAAAAGUAUGGAAUGUGCGCGACGGCGCCGAAAAUGUGCGAAGCGCUAAAAAAAGAUGAUCCGACAAAAAUGUUCGACCCAUCUGGACAGUUGACAUCGACAAACGCGCAAUGUCGAAACGACCAGGAUUGCGAGAGUGGAGGAGUCUACAACGGAACGAAAGGCGCCGACACAAAUCCAUUCUGCACGAAUCUUCAUUCGGGUGGCGCGCCGCCCUCCAGCGGCCCUAAUGGGACAGCAGUGGUUCCGGUGAAAUUGUGCUGCUUUCAGCUUGUCGCUAACAAGUGCUCGUAUGGAUCGGCACAGACGCCGUUAAAAACAUGCGAGACGUUUGACGAUUGCAACAAGGGCGUCGGGUGGGAUAAGCAAAGGACGGGAUGAAUGAAGCCGAAACCAGAAAUGGGAAUUGAUGAGAAAAAUGCGAAAAUGCGCAGUGGUUUCAACUUAUGCGUCAGUAUUCUCAAAGAAAUUCCUAAUAUAUCAAUGAUUGAAUCGACUUUGUCAACGAUAAAUCGAUAUCUUCAAUCGAUUCCAGCUAUUUUAGUAUUUGAAAAUCGAUUGCCGAUAAUAUUACCAAAAUUUCUUAAAAUUGAUGAAUAUCGCCUAAUUACAAUGCAAUGCUUGGUGAAAAUUAUGAAAAUGGAUCUCCAGCAAUUUAUAGAGGAUAAUAAGCUGCAAUUAAGCAACAUGAUUUUCGAUGUAUUGCAAAAAAUCACUGAAAUUGUUGGAGACGAAGUGGACUGCGCGGCAUUGAACUCGAUCGAAGUCUGCGAGCUUCUUGUCGACUUUCUCGUCGUUGUUCUCAAAAAAUUUCCGACAACAAUUGAGGUUAGCAACCCUAUAACCGCGAUGCAAAAACAAACCUCAAAAUAUCACACAAUUGCUAUGAAUUUGUUGCUGAAAUUCACGUCGACUGAAAAUGAGAGAUGCUUGCGAGCGUGCCUCAAGUUUUGGAAACAUUUGUCCACGCUGCUCUAUCGAGAUUGCUCGUGCUCAUCGAAUAUGGUGUUUGUUCAGAACAACCCGCGUAGAGAGAUUUACAGAAUUGAUGUACAGAACACUCCGUGCAAGACGAGUUUGAUAAUGCCAGUGACCAACAAUAAUGUGGAAGGUUCGUCAAACCUGCUUAAAAGGACAACGAGCUCUUCAGAAGAGCGAGAUGUUCCGGAGAAAGUUUUCAAAUCAUCAUCUCCAGAUACUAACACUCCAACUUCUGAUGAGACGGAAAUGGCACAGCUUGCAGCGGCUAGUUUGAACCCUAAUAUAAAAAAUGAGAAGAAUUCCAAAUUUGCACGAUAUAGUAUUGAAGAACAAAGAGAAAUGGUCCGCUAUGUGUACAAAAACAAAUUCAUUUUUGAUGGAAAUUUGUCUCACAUGAAUCCUUACUGUCCAACGAACAACGUGUUCUGGAAAUCGUAUGUGGACCUUGGAUUGUCGACGAGAAGUCCUAUCGGAUUGGCUGCCCAAUAUCGCCAAAUUUUGGCAAAACUUGACACGCUGGGACUCCCUCAAAAUGUUGUCGAAUCGAUUUAUGCGAUUCGCUAA